AUGUUAAAUAUUAUAAAUUCAUCAUCAUCAUCGUUAUUAUCAGAUGUGCGUCAUAUAUUUAUUGAAAACAACACUUCAUCAUCAGCUUCUAUAUGGAUUAUUAAUGAACGAAAUUCAACACCAUUAAAUAUCGAUACUCAUCAAUCGUCUGUUCGAAUUAUGUGGUAUCGUUUUCUACUAGUUAUUGUCAUCUUUAUCACUGCCGCUGGCAAUUUAUUAGUUUGUCUAGCCAUAGCACGUGAACGAAAAUUACAAAAUACAACAAAUUAUUUUCUUAUGUCAUUAGCAAUUGCAGAUUGUCUUGUUGCUAUUCUAGUCAUGCCUAUAGGAAUGAUAUCUGAAGUCUUAGGUUAUUUUCCAUUACCACAUUAUGCAUGUAUUGCAUUUACAACAAUUGAUGUUUUAUGUUGUACAUCAUCUAUAUGGCAUAUGAGUACAAUGUCAAUGGAUCGAUAUUUUACAAUACGUUUUCCAUUUCGUUAUGGAAGAAAUAAAACUCGUCGUAUUAUGUUACUUAAAAUAAUUGCUGUAUGGGCUAUAAGUGCUGCUGUAUCAUCACCUAUAUUUGUAUUAGGUAUUGUUGAUAAAACAAAUGUUUUAUCAGACGGUAUAUGUGCACCAACAAACCCAUCAUUUAAAAUUUAUGGUUCUAUAUUUGCAUUCUAUAUUCCGUUUAUAAUCAUGAUUACAACAUAUGCAUUAACAAUGCGUUCAUUAAGAAAUGUUUUAGUUAAUAAAAAAAAAUAUGAUCGUGAAAGACGACGAAAACAAACAUUUCGUCCAUUAGCACAAAUUAUAAAUCAAUAUGCUGAAAUUGCUCAAGGUAUUCGACGUACAUCAUCAACAAAAAAACAAACUGUACCAACAAUAACAACAACAAUAACAAAUACGAAUAAUCAUAUGAAUUCAAUUUUAAAUAAAACACCAUAUACAAUUAUAACAACAAUAUCACCAACAGAUUCACGUGCACAAUUUUUUUCUGUAAAUAAUACAAAUGGAAAUUUACAACAAGAUAAUAAUUUAAUAAAUUUAACAAAUGGAAUUAAUCUCAAUAAUGAACUAAUUCAUCAUCAUUCACAACAUUUAACUAUUAAUUAUAUCAAACCAAGUGGAAGUAAAAAAAGACGUCAUCAACAACAACAACAACAACAACAAGCAUUAACAAUUAAUGCAGCUAUAAAUCGAACGAAAAAUAAUGGUGAUAUGAGUACUGUUUAUGAAAUAACAGAAAAUUCAAAAUCAAUAUCAAGUUCAUGUGAUGUAUCAGCUAUUGUGGGAAAUAAUACUAAACGAAGAUCAAUUGUUAGUAAUGAAUUACAAUUAAUUGAACAAACAGAAUUAUCACAAAAUUCUAAUUUAAUAACAACAGAUAUUAAUGAUAUUGUUCCACUUGAAGAAGAAGAAGUUAGUUUUGUAUCAGAUUUAGAUGAUGCAGUUAAUCUACAUGACACUUUUUACGUGCAAAUAGCUUCUUCAUCAUCUCAACAUUCUUCUUUGUCUUAUUCAAAUGAAUCAAUACUUUUGACAAUACCGUGGAAAUUUUGUACUUAUAUUAUUCAUUGUAUUCUUCAAUAUUAUAUAUUCUAUUUUCCCUAUCGAUUAAAACCUCUAUCAAUUGAGUAUAUAUCAAAUAUAAAUGAAAAAUUAUUAAAAUUUCAUCAAUCAACAUCAACAUCAUCAAUACAUGCGAAAUCAAUUAAAAAUCAUCAAUCAGUUUCAACACAAACAAAUUCUUUUACAUCAGUAGAUAUUCCUAAUGAUCAUGCAACUAAUAUUUAUGAAAAUUGUAUAUAUAAUUCAUCUAAACGUCGAAAAUUUUUAUUUAAUCGACAAAUAUUAUCAUCAUCUUCUUUAAUAACAAAUUUUUUUCGUCAUUCACCAACAAUACAAUUACGUGCAAGUGAUAGUUCAAUAAAAUCAACAUUAUCAUAUGAUCCACGUUCAUCUGUAGCUUCAUCAUCAAAUCAACAACGUCAACAUUAUUCAUCUAGUAUUUGUUAUCAAACAGAAUCAGAAAGGAAACCAAUGUUAACUGCUGAACGUCGUUCACGUACAUCAUCAUCAUCAUCUUGUCUUUUACAUACAUCAUAUCGACAACAAAAUCAUACGUCUACACAUUUUCAUAAACCAUUACGACGACAUCAUUAUCAAUCUCAAUCUGCAUAUGCUAUUGCAAAUCCUCCAAAAUUAUUACAACAAUUAAGUUCAGCAACAAAUACAAAUUCAUCAGAUUCUUCAUCAAUUAUGCAUCGUUAUCAUUCAAAAUUAUUAUCAACUGUUUCUCAUAAUAAUCAUCAUUAUCAUCAUCGUGUACGUGUUGAAGAUUUUGUUGCUGCUAAUGAACGAAAAGCUUUAAGAGUAUUAAUGAUUAUAUUUUGUGUAUUUAUUACGUUAUGGACACCAUUUUUUAUUUGUACAUUUAUAUCAGCUGUAUGUGAACAAUGUCGUGAACGUUUAUCGUCCAAUGUUUGGUUUUCAAUAACAUGGCUUGGUUAUAGUUCAUCUAUGGCUAAUCCAUUUAUUUAUACAAUAUUUAGUGAUGUAUUUCGACGUGCAUUUAUAAAUAUUAUUUUUUGUCGUUCAAAUGAUCUAUUACUUUCAAGACAAUUAUCAACUAAAUCAUCUUAUCCAAGAGGUAGUGCUCAUCUAUAUAGAAAUGAACGUUUAUCAAAUAGACGAAAUUUAAAUCAUGAUGUUUCCGGUACAUCAACACCAAUACCAUUGCAUUAUCCAGCACCACCAGUUGGUGUUAGUGAUGCAAUAAUUUAUAUGAAUCGAUGUACUUCAGAUGCAUGUCGGUAA